GCCGAGUCAAUUGGCACCCAAAUAAGUGACUGUUAAAUUCGAAAAAAUUCUUUAAAAAAAUAACCCGAGAGGACUCUGUGAAAGAGGACGCAUCGAUUUUUUCACGGCAUUGCCGGUGACGGGACGCCGUCUAUACACAUACACACGAAAUGUGUACAUGUUGCGACCCUGUAUUUGUAUAAAUAAUAUGACAUAAUCGACGUGUGCGGCUUAAUUGACAUAGUUUUUGUGCGAUGAAUACCUAAAAGUGCCAAGCGGGCUGCCAAAGAAGCGUAUUUGUGGUCAGAGCGGCAGACAGGACUUGCACCGCUAUUUUUUUCCAUCCGCUUUGCUCCAAAUAUUCGUUCUUCCCAACUCACGCUCUCCUCUCUCUCACACACACACACACGUACGCGGCGUAUAUUUGGGCGUUGCAGGAUGGUGGAUCACUCUCCCUCUCUCUCACAGAUAUUCCAAUAGUCAGAAAUAAAAAGAAAAAUUAACCUAUAAAAUACGAUUAGUAAUAGCUUAUUGAAAAAGAUAAAUAAAUUCGAAAGAAACCGCGGAUUUGUUGUUAGUUUUAAUAAUUUCCCCAAAGUAGCUGCACCCACUUGACGUUGCCUAACACUGCCCGCCCGCCUUCUGGUCUCAUCGGGCUCUUUCGGGCUUUCCUCGUCGAGUUGUCAAAGUGCGCUGUUCGUCGGACGAUUCGUAUUUAUUUUCCCCCAAAGUUCGUAGGCAAUUUUAAUACAAAUAUUUACAGUUAAUUGCAAUAGUGCGGUGCAAUGAAAUAGUGCCUACGAGCGGCGCCAUCUUUAAACUUUAAGAUAUAUAUUAACCGUUAAGAAAGAGAGAGAGAGCAUUUUACCGUUAUUUCGAUCAGUGAGUCUUCUGUGGCAUACAUAGGUGUGUGUGUGUUGUACGAAUAUAUGAAAUAGCAGCCGAAAAAAGCAAAGUGCGAGAGCGAGGAAAUAUAUAUAGAAAACGCGUGCGUUCCCCCUCUAACGAAUAAGUGAGUGCCACCGUUGUUGUUGUAUUUGUGACAGAGAUAUAAGCUCAAGGAGCAAGGAUAAUCAUACCGGCACUUUAUACAAUAAAGUAUUAUAAUCACGCAGAAAAUACAAUUUUAAGCAUUUUUAACUAAAAUACAAAAGAAAUAAAUCAUGACUGAAGUCGAGCAACCGCCACAAAAUGGCAUAGAUCCCACUGCCGGCGAGGACGAUGACAACAGCAAAGCCCGUCCCGCGGAUAUUGAACAGGAUAUGCGCGAAAUGGAACGCCGUAAGCGGGUGGAGGCCAUCAUGGGCUCCAAACUCUUCCGCGAGGAACUGGAACGGAUUGUGGAUUCGGCCCGCGAUGGCGGUUCUGGUGCCAGCGGCAUCCUCCAGCAGUUAUCGGACAUUGUGGGUGUCCCAGUGACCCGGGUGGGCAGUGUCUUCAAGAGCAGCAGCUGCAUGGUGCCCAUUAAUGAUAUACGCGGCGUGGAGUCCAUGGGAUAUGCCAAGGGUGAGAAGAUACUACGGUGCAAGCUGGCCGCCACAUUCCGUCUCCUCGAUCUGUAUGGCUGGACCCAGGGCCUGGGGGCACUGAUCAGCGCCCGGCUCAAGGUCGAUCAGGAGUACUUCCUGGUUAAUCCCUAUGGACUACUCUACCACGAGAUCACUGCCUCGGCGCUAAACAAGGUGGACAUGCAGGGACAGAUUGUCGAGCAGGGCACCACCAACUUUGGCGUCAACAAGAGUCACUUUGUCCUCCACUCCGUGGUGCAUGCCGCCCGUCCCGACAUCCGGUGCGCCAUUUACAUCGGUGCCAGUCCCGUGGUGGCCAUCGCAUCACUGAAAUCCGGUCUUCUGCCACUGACCAAGGACGCCUGUGUCCUGGGCGAGGUCACCACGCACGCCUACACCGGCCUGUUCGACGAGGAGGAGCGCAAUCGUCUGGUCCGCAGCCUGGGUCCCAACUCCAAGGUCAUGCUUUUGGCCAACCACGGUGCCCUGUGCUGUGGCGAGACCAUUGAGGAGGCCUUCUUCGCCGCCAGCCACAUUGUGCAGGCGUGUGAGACGCAGCUGAAGCUGCUGCCGGUGGGUGUUGACAACCUGGUGCUGAUACCCGAGGAGUCGCGCAAGGCCAUAUACGAGCAGUCGCGCCGGCCGCCAGAGGAUCUGGAGAAGAAGUUCGCCGCCGUCACAGCCGGUGAGGAUGGUGGUGCCGCCGACAAGGAGGCUACCGAAGCUGCCGUGCCCAAGAUCGGCAGUCCGCCCAAGUGGCGGGUGGGUGGAGCGGACUUUGAAGCUCUGAUGCGGAUGCUGGACAAUGCCGGCUACCGCACGGGCUACAUCUACCGACAUCCUCUGAUCAAAUCCGACCCACCCAAGCCCAAGAACGACGUGGAACUGCCGCCAGCUGUUUCCUCGCUGGGCUAUCUGCUGGAGGAAGAGGACCUCAUCCGUCAGGGCAUCUGGAAGAAGGGAGAUCUGCGCAAGGGUGGUGACCGCAGCCGAUGGCUCAACUCGCCGAAUGUUUACCAAAAGGUGGAAGUCCUGGAGACCGGUACUCCGGAUCCCAAGAAGAUAACAAAGUGGGUGGCUGAGGGUUCUCCGACCCACUCUACGCCAGUGAGGAUAGAAGAUCCACUCCAGUUUGUGCCUGCCGGAACUAAUACGAGAGAGUUCAAGCGGGUCCAGCAACAAAUCAAGGACAAUCGCCGAGCGGAUAAGAUCUCCGCUGGACCACAGUCGCACAUCUUGGAGGGCGUCACAUGGGACGAGGCCAGCCGACUGAAGGACGCGACGGUCUCCCAGGCCGGCGAUCAUGUGGUGAUGAUGGGUGCUGCCUCCAAGGGCAUCAUCCAGCGAGGAUUCCAGCAUAAUGCCACUGUCUACAAGGCUCCGUAUGCCAAGAAUCCAUUCGACAAUGUGACGGACGAUGAACUCAAUGAGUAUAAGCGCACGGUGGAACGCAAAAAGAAGUCUAUACAUGGAGAAUAUACCGACACAGACUUUUCAGAAUCGGAAGCUGUCCUGCAGGCGGGGGCAAAGAAAUACCCUCAAAGCGAACCAGAGACCGAACACCAAGUCAUUGAGAUCCAAACACAACAAGCGCCAGUUCCCAGGCAGGCUGAAGUCGUGCUGAGCGAUGGAGAUAAUAAUCCCGAUGGAUCUCAGAUAGAUGAACAGGAUAAGGAGAAUCAGCAUCGUGGCGGGCGAGCGAGGAGCAAGUGCCGCAGGGAUCUGUUGCCGUCGCUGAGCGAGGCCUCCAAUAUGCCGCAGGAUCCCAUGUACUCGUACGUGUAUGCAACGGCGGCAUCCUGGGGCCAGUGCUCCCAGCCGCAGGUGUGUUCGGCACUGCUCCGGGCUCUCCACUGCGAGCAACUGGUCCACCUGGCCAGCUGCUAUCGGGGCGGGGCAGGGCCCUCGAAUGCUGCCACUUCGAGCAGUGGCACCAUCACCACCACGCACACCAGUGCCACUGGAUCGUCGGGAGCAUCGCGGCGUCCCCUGCAGCAAUCGAAUCAAAUCCAACCACCACCUCCAUACCGCACUGGGUCUCACUUUGGCUUCAACUCACCGCGCCAGUUGCCGCGCACAGAACACAAGCACUUGCCAGCCGCGGAGCGGGAGCGGCACGGCUACCGUCCCAUGCAGCGGGCCAUCAGCUACGAGGAGAUAUUUGCCUCGCCGCGAUAUGAACACCUCUGCCAGUACUGCUUCGAGCAGUUACUCCGCCUCAAGCCGGAGCUGCAGAGGAUUGGCGGAGGUGUGGGUGGGGCUAGUAGCUGUGAGGAAGAGUUCAGCAGCAUCGAGAGUGGCAAUGUCAUGACCCCGACCCACCAUCCCAAGCAGCUGCCUCCGGUACCGGAGCUGGCCGGCGACGACGACGAUGACUUCAGCGAGAUGAUGCGGCGUCCGGGGAUACUGCGAGAUGCCAGUACCCAGACACGGGGAAUGUCCUCCGCCUCAACCACUAACUUCCUGCGACAAAUCGAACGAUUCAACUUCUCGGAGGAGUCGACGAAUGUGGGCUACUCCCCUGGUCUCGUCACCAGUGAGAUGAGCAUCUUCGGGCUGGAAGCCGAACAGCCGACUGUCUCCAGUGCUGGGGCUAGUGCCACUAGUGCUCCUCCGGCGAGAAUCUACCAUCCGUAUAGGGGUGACAUUACCGAAGUUUGGAGCUUCGGUCGUUGGCAGGAACCGCAGGAUUCCCAAAUGAUCCCUGGCCACCAGCCACUGACUGAGCAUCGCCUGACCCUGGAGAUUACAGAGCACUUUGAGCCGGAUCAGAUGGACGACCAGAUGGGUCCUGGCGAGGAGACUGUUCCACGUCAACUGAUGACUCGGGAUGAGCGGCAGCGUCGCAAGUCCGAGUUCGAGGAGUUGUGGCAGGACCAUGUGGAGUACUACACUGUCAAGGAGGAGCUGCAGCACGAGGAGGCGCAAACCAUGGACUACCUGGAGCACACAGUACAGAUUUGCAUGGACGGGAACGGGGAGGAGAGGACCUUUACCUUCAGAGCUCAGGACUGGCUUAGCCAUGACCAGGAGUUGGAGGACGAAGACGACGAGGAGCAGCUGGCAGUGGCUCCUCCCAACGAUGAGACCCUGACCGAGCCCACCGAUGAGCUGCCCAAAAUUCUGCAAAACUUCGAAGAGAGCCUCACGCUGGCCGGCGAGAAUCUGGAGAAGCUGGUGGCCACGACCAAGAAGAUGCAGACCCUCGACGUCCAGACAUCUAGCAGCUCCUUGAGGGACAGGGCCCUGGCCGACAUAGGCAACCUCUACGCUUCUAAUAGCUCGGAGAACAUUCCACUCACUGACCAGGAAGUCUCCGAUCAGGUCUGUGUAUUGGAGGAGGUACAGGAAGAAGAUAUCCCGGCAAACACCAGCACGACCAGUAAUGGAGAGGAGCUGGGUGAGGAGGUUGCUGGUGGUCUAAGCCCCGAGGAGGAGGAGAAGCGUGACGACGAAAAGCCCGUGACUCCAGAUGCUCCAGAAGUGGAGGAACAUCUGGAACCAAGUGAGAAGGAAAGGGAGAUCGCCGACGAAAAGGACAUAGAUGAAAAUGAGCUGAAGGAGCAGCAGGACUUGUUUACUCCUUUGGAACGAGAGAUCCUGCAGCGCAUCGAGAGCGAUAGGCUGGACGAGAGUGAGCCCAUCUUCGGGAAGAUAGACCACAGCAUCCGCAACAAGCUGACGCCGAAGAAGUUGCAGGACCUGGUCAGCGAAGAGAUCUUUCGCACGUGCACCCAUGUCUACACCAGUUCCCCCACUUCUGUGCUGGACAGUGCCCAGCCGGGGGAGAGUCCCUCGACUGCCAGUGGCUCCUCGUUGUCGGCCCACAACAUUAGCGCUCCUUGCAGUUCGACAGCUCACACUCAUCUGGUCAUCCGGCCCUCACCGAGAAUGUCACGGUCCUGGGCAGAGGAUGCAGGCGGAGAUCAAGAGGAUAGCCAGACGCAGGAGCCGGAGGAAGAGGAGCGGGGUCUCCUGGAACGUGCCGUGUCCUCUACAACCUUCGUCUGUCGGCCGAGUGUGCGUCGCAAGCGGAACUUCAUCCAGGAGAAUAUCCGGAAUGCCUGUCGACCGCGUGUUGGAGCCGGGGCCGUUCAGAAGCAGAGGACCAACGUCUCAACCCCCUCCCUGGCUGCCCGCUCCAGUCCGACCUCGGUGUGUGCUUUCCAGUGCGGUCAGCGGGAUAGUGGCGCCCGUCUGUGGGUUUCCCUGCCCACGCCACCUCGCUCCGCCUCCGGCUCAAAGCGGUGCAGCACUGUCAGUCCCACUCGGACUUUGUACUCCGUCCGGCGAAGUCCCACCUCGCCAUAUCCCAAACGCCGCAAGCCUUUGGUUAUCCUGCCCCCCUUGAGGGGCGCCAAUCUUGACAAGAAACCCUCCAAUACCUUUGAACCCAGUUCGUCCAGCUUGUCCCUUCAUAAGUCGAUGUCCUCCAGCACCUACUUUGUGCCGAGUGAUGAACAAGAUGACGCCGAUGCCGACAAAGCCUCCACCCACACCUUUCACAUCAAGGAUCUGAAUGAGGAGCAGGAGGAGACAGAAGAGCCAGCAGAGUCGGAGGAGCCUGGUAACCAUAGUCAGGCAGCCAAUGCCACCAAUAGCACCUUGUACUACAGCGCCAACAGCACCAGGGAGGAGACGACUGAUCGUUCGCAGCCAAGCGGCGAUGGGACUGAGGAGGAACUUGGGGUGAUGCCUUUUCGGUCCCUAGAGAAUGAAGAGAAUCCGGAAAUAUCUUACUUGGGGGAGGCUAGCUCCCUUAGCUGUAUGUAUACCGAGAAUUCCUCCCAGAAAUCGGAGGAGGAGGUGCCAUUGGAGGAGACCGAGACCUCUGUGCCCGAAACUGACAUCGAAUCGACCAUAACGAACCUAGUCUCCGGGGAGUCUCAGAUUCCAUCGCAGUCUGAAUAUAGCGAUGCCUAUGUGGGAAUAGAAGACUAUAGUGAGGGGGCGGAGAAUGGGGAGAGGUCGACAUCCCCGCCAGAAGUCUCCGAAGAGCAAGCAGUUUCCGAGGAAGCAGAAGCCGAUGAAUAUCAAGUGAAUGCUUCGGAAAUGACAACAGAAACUGAAGGACAACUGGAGGAUGAGCAAGUGCGACUGGAGGGAGGAUCAGAACCCAAAAUAAAGUCCGCGGGGUCAUCUGACAAAGGAGAGAACAUCGAGGAUGAUGUCGGCAGGGCUCCUUCGAGCUUCUCGUUGACGAAGGCGCGAGAAUUCAAUCCGAUACGAUCCGAUCACACCUAUGCCCAUGUAGUCAGUAGUGACGAGGAAAAGGCUGAGGAGCAGGUCAUCCGGGUGACCAAGUCGGAGACAACUAUGGCGCAGGAUGACAACCAACCGAGCACAUCCAAGGCGGCCGAUCGCCAGAGUGGUGGGGCAGAAACCAUCCCCCAGCCGCCGAUCUUCUCGCCACCCUCCUACUUCAACCAGGAGGAUGGGGAUGUUGUUGUCCUGGAGACCUCUUGCACCGUCGUUGGCCAGCAGCUGCUUGUGCGGGAGGUGGUGGGGGUGGAAAUGGAAAUGGAAGAGAGAAAGGAUGACCAGAAUGUCCAAUCGAAUGGUUGGAUCCAAAUGGAGGGCAUGAUGGGGGAAGAUUUUGAAGAAGACGAUGAUGAUGAGGCUCAGGAGUCAGAUAGCCAGGAGAUAGAUGUAGCAGACUACUCUGAAGAGGGUUGAGGUUCCUUUUUGUUUUGUAAUUUUAAAAAUUAAAUAUUCAUACUACAUUUUAAAUAAUUAAAUAAUAUCAUAUAGUUUUAAGGCUUGGCAUGAAUUCAAGUUUAAAUUUCACUUUUUAUACCUUUUUUUUUGGUUCUGAAUGAGAUAUUUUAUAAAGAAUAUUUUUCACUUUCCAUAAAUCAUA